AUGGAAGACUUCGAAGAUAUCCCGAAUUUGGAAGAACUCGAGGAAAUCAUCAAUGAUGAAGAGGGUGACUUAGAAAACUUUGUUAAACUAGAGAAAGAGAAAGAUGGAAUAUAUCGAGCGGACAUUGGAGUACCUAUCACGAAAACCUUGAUGCGCAACAACAUGGAGUACUGGGCUCAGCAAACGAUGGAUAUAAACCAGAGCCUUCUCACGACUGGAAGGCAGUAUGGUGGAAAUAUCUAUCAUAACUCCCUGCGUAUCUAUCUUAUGUUCGCAAAUAUUUGCCUUUACCACCCUCAUUUCUUGCUUCAUCACAAAGCAACCAUUCAUAUUGAGCUGAAGGAGCCAGGGGAGCAUCACGAAAAUGCGUAUUGUUUAACAACAAAGCACGAUGAUAAAGCUCGACGACUAGCUAUAAAAGCGACAGGCAUCACUGAAGGUGGGGAGACUGUCGUUGAAUAUCUGUGGUCAGCUGGUACUAUGAUUGCUUAUAAGAUCAAUAGUUGGAUCGACAAGCUGGAAGGAAUACCAGUGGAAGAAAUCGCGCGCACAAAACGAAGGUAUUUAUUCCUAGAUCCUAGGAAUAGGCCAAUAUCCGGCCUUGAGAAAUAUAUCGGAGGAGGCUAUACGCCAGAUACAACGGAAUGA